AUGCCCCGCGGCUUCCUGGUGAAGCGCAGCAAGAAGUCCACGCCCGUGUCCUACCGGGUCCGCGGCGGCGAGGACGGCGACCGCGCGCUGCUGCUCUCGCCGGGCUGCGGGGGAGCCCGCGCCUCGCCCCCGGCGCCGAGCCCCGGGCCGGGCCCUCUGCCACCGCCGCCGCCGCCCGCCGAGCGCGCCCAUGCGGCGCUCGCCGCCGCGCUCGCCUGCGCGCCGGGCCCGCCGCCACCCCCGCCGGGGCCGCGGGCCGCGCACUUCGGCAACCCCGAGGCCGCGCACCCCGCGCCGCUCUACAGCCCCACGCGGCCCGUGAGCCGCGAGCACGAGAAGCACAAGUACUUCGAGCGCAGCUUCAACCUCGGCUCGCCCGUCUCGGCCGAGUCCUUCCCCACGCCCGCCGCGCUGCUCGUUGGAGGCGGCGGCGGCGGCGGGGCCAAUGGCGCGGGCGGCGGCGGCACCUGCGGCGGCGACCCGCUGCUCUUCGCGCCCGCCGAGCUGAAGAUGGGCACGGCGUUCUCCGCGGGCGCCGAGGCGGCCCGCGGCCCGGGGCCCGGCCCCCCGCUACCCCCCGCCGCCUCCCUGCGGCCCCCAGGCAAGCGACCCGCGCCCCCCGCCGCCGCCGCCGCCGAGCCGCCCGCCAAGGUAGCCAAGGCCCCAGGCGCCAAGAAGCCCAAAGCCAUCCGCAAGCUGCACUUCGAGGACGAGGUGACCACGUCGCCCGUGCUGGGGCUCAAGAUCAAGGAAGGCCCGGUGGAGGCGCCGCGGGGCCGCGCGGGGAGCGCGGCGCGGCCGCUGGGCGAGUUCAUCUGCCAGCUCUGCAAGGAGGAGUACGCCGACCCGUUUGCGCUGGCGCAGCACAAGUGCUCGCGCAUCGUGCGCGUGGAGUACCGCUGCCCCGAGUGCGCCAAGGUCUUCAGCUGCCCGGCCAACCUGGCCUCGCACCGCCGCUGGCACAAACCGCGGCCUGCGCCCGCCGCCGCCCGCGCGUCCGAGCCCGAAACCGCUGCCAGGGCUGAGGCGCGGGAGGCGACGGGCGGCGGCAGCGACCGCGACACGCCGAGCCCCGGCGGCGUGUCCGAGUCGGGCUCGGAGGACGGGCUCUACGAGUGCCACCACUGCGCCAAGAAGUUCCGCCGCCAGGCCUAUCUGCGCAAGCACCUGCUGGCGCACCACCAGGCGCUGCAAGCCAAGGGCGCGCCGCCGGCGCCCCCCGCCGAGGACCUACUGGCCUUGUACCCCGGGCCCGACGAGAAGGCGCCCCAGGAGGCGGCCGGCGACGGCGAGGCGGCCGGUGUGCUGGGCCUGAGUGCGUCCGCCGAGUGCCACCUGUGCCCAGUGUGCGGGGAGACGUUCCCCAGCAAGGGCGCCCAGGAGCGCCACCUGCGCCUGCUGCACGCCGCCCAGGUGUUCCCCUGCAAGUACUGCCCGGCCACCUUCUACAGCUCGCCCGGCCUCACGCGGCACAUCAACAAGUGCCACCCAUCCGAGAACAGACAAGUGAUCCUCCUGCAGGUGCCCGUGCGUCCGGCCUGCUAGAGCGCGCCCUCCACCCCGGCCCCCCGAACCGUGCCUUCGCUUGGAGACCCACGAAGAGAGCGCGCCCCGACCCCGCGUCCGCGCCAGGGGCACCCACCCCCGGUGAAAGUGUCGUCUCCGCUUCUCUCGGUGUAGCGUGACGGUAACCCCGAUCCUCUCGUUGUGACUCCUUUUGGACCCCUCGCCCCCUUUGCGUUGUGUCCCCUUCCCCCCCAUGGCGCAACAGGAGCCAGUCUCUUUCUGUACAAGGGAGAAAAGCUGUACGCGUUUGUCUCGUGGUUGGAAGCCUCCCCUUGGAGGGGAGAUGUUUUUCUUGCUAGUAUUCUCUGUGUUCAUGGUCUAGAAACGCGGUUUGCUCUCGCCUACCAAUCUCUGCUCUCUAUGUAUGUAGCGUACGGGUUGUUUUGGGUGAAUCUUGAGGAAUAAAUGCCUUUAUAUUUCACAGGCUGUAAAUUGAACUUCCCACACGAUUAGCUUUAUUAUGGCUUGUGAACUGCUGGAGUCUGGCUUUACCUUUUUGUAUGUGAACAAAUCAAAUUGCUUAAAAAAGAGUUUUCUUUAGUCUAGCCACAAAUGCCUUGAACUGUUGUCUGU